AUGGUGACCUGCCGUUGUCGUAAUUUGGGUAGCAUUGCUUUACUGCUAGAAGAAAUCGGAGUUGGUAGGCGAUUGGCAUCAGAGAGUCCAAUGGGAACAAUGAUAACUAUUAGUUGCAUAACUUCACUCUGCCUCAUCCUUCUAACAUUCGUUGUAAAUUUUCUCUUAAAAAAGGGAGAACACAACUUAUCUGUUUUCAUCCUCAUCAAUAUAUUAGUUUGUAUGGGUGCUAUUCAACUAUUUUUUCUAUUGGGAGUGAACAGCACAACGCACUUUGAAAUUUGUAUGAGUAUUGCUUUAUUUUUGCACUAUCUCUUCCUGGUACUAUGCUUUUGGGUUGUUUCGUAUGGGUUUUACUUACUUCGAAGAUUGCGCUCAUCUGCUGAAUAUAUCGGAAACUUCAGAGAUUAUUGCGCUGUUUGCUGGAUUUGUCCUCUACUUCUGUUGAUUAUAUCAUUUGUUGCUAAUCCCGAAGGCUACGAAGCAAGACAAUACUGUUGGCUGAACAUCAGGCGUGGAAUUUUCUGGUCUUUUGUUCUACCCGUUACCGGAUUAAUUAAGGUCAAUACAAGCAUCAUGAUUGUAUCCUUGAAAACCUUCAAUGAGCAAAUGUCAAUGACUCACAGGACAGAAAUUUAUAGAAUCAGAAAUUCGUUGAGAGCUGGAAUUACUCUCCUUCCCGUAUUCGCCAUCAAUUGGUUCUUUGGUUUACUCGCCGUAGAAGAUUCCAUGAAUGUUGGACUACAAAUUAUUUUCUCCUUGACAAACUCUAUCCAAGGCAUCAUGACAUUCAUUUUCUUCUGCAUAAUGGAUAACAAUAUCCAGCUUACAUUCCGACUAAAACUGGCUGUGGUGUCUAAAAAACCGAAAGUAUCUGCUAUGAAAUUGAAGAAAAGUGGAUCAUUUCCGAUUUUUGAAAGACCCCUUCUUUCUCUGUCUGAAGAUAACAGGAGAACAGACUGCACCCCUCUAUUGGCCAAUCGAAUGUCUUACCACGAUUCUGUUGAGGAUCCUUGCUGUUCAAAUAUUCGGGUUUAACAGCAAAAAAAAUUCUUAUUUGUUUAACGAUGUGAAUUUGAAAAUCUGAUAAUGUUCGAGUUUUACUCAAAACAUUGUUAUUGGAAAAAUAAAAUGGCAUGAUUUUUUUUUCUCAUCUUAACUUAUACAAAUACAUUUUAUAGUUUACUAUGAAUUUAAGAAAACUACAAGUAAAUGCAGUUUAUGGUUUAUCAAAUAUCUUCCGAUUUUAAAUAGAGCAAAAUUGCAGUUUGAAAUGAUUGAACGCAAUCAACAGGGCGUCGCUUUAUAUAUAAAAAAAAUUAGUGACAAUGGAAUUAUGUUUGUGGUUGGCUAAUAGAAUGAUCCAGAUACUUGCCAACAAGCCAUUGACAUUUGCAUUGCGUUAGGCUAUUUUGGGAAACUUUCCAGUACUUUCUGAUCAGCCUGACACUUUCUAGGCUUAUUGCUUUGAGCCCAUAUACCCUAGGGUCAAUUAGAAACUAUAUUCAAUGUUCAAUUAGUCUCAUUUAUCACAAACAUUUUGUAAUAAGCCCAGUAUAGGUAAGGCUUUUUGUAAAUAGCCUUGUUAAAGAUUCAUCAAACCUGAAAAGGUUUACCGAAAUAAACCAGAACAAAUUCAGUCAGGUUAAUUAUUUUUCGCACAUUUCUUUAUUUUCUUAAAGGCAUAUGUGCUGAUUAAAAUAAGUCUUCAGAAUAUCAGGAAAAUUAGAAAUUACUGAAUAGUUGUCUAAAUAGUCUGGUGGAACAAAAAACACUGUCGACAUUAAAAAACAAUGAUGAAUUUCCAAGUAGCCUAGCGCAUUACAAAAUACUUCCGACAUUUAUAGGGAGCUCGAUUUUUCUAUUGACCUACAUUAUAUACUCAUACAUGUUUGCUCCGUUGAUUUUUAAUGCGGAAGAAACACGCUAAGAUUUAGCAAUGAGAGAUAUUUGGUGCAUCCAUAUGAGGAAAAUCUAAGAAUUCUGCUUAUUUUUUCCUAUUGCUUAGAGGAAUUUGAUAACUUUUUUUUUAUUCUUUAACAACAUUUUCCUAUAACACCAAAGAAUAUGAUUCCUUGUUAGACAUGUGGCUAAACCAAGGAGAACGAUGUUUAAGACUACUAGACAUAAGUACAUUUUACUGGUUUGUGCAAACCGGGGUAUAAUAAGUUGUUGCAACGAAAGAUAUAAUCAUUUUAAUAAAACAAAUAAUCAAUAAAAGUUAUUAAAAAUUGCAUAAAAUGAGAUUUUAAAUGCUUUUUCCAGAUGUAAGCUAAGUAUAAUAUCAGUGAGUUAUUAAAUCUGGGCACAGCUCAAAAUGUGUAUUUAUGAAAAUGGACAUAAUUAUUUAAGCGAAUGGACAAAUAAUUUGAUUCCGUUUUCCAAACUUUUUAUAUGAGUAUUGCUUUUUUUAAAAGAAUAAACUAAUGCAUCCAAUUAAAUUUGUAAUAUGAUAUCACACACCCACUUCUAUAAAUUAGUCUUUUUUUUUUAAAGUCAUCAGCUGUUUUUGCAAAGUUGCCGCGAGUGAUAUAAAUUUAUAAUAGAGUGGUAGUAAAUUUACGUUGUAGGAAUUUAGGGUUUUAAAACUCACUUUAUCGCUUAAAGCUCAGAAUACGAAGACGAAAUACACGAAUACAAAACACACAUUUCAAAGACAUCGCUUGAAACGUUACAUCUGUAAUAGGCUUUGCCACCCCAAUCCCGAAGUACGGGAAAUUUAAUCGUAAUGAUUAUGCUCCGUAUUUAAAUGAGUGAGGAGAAAUGAACACAUAAUUCCUAGUUUCAGCUGUUAUAUUUGGGUUGAAAACUGAAAAAGGCUCAUUUUUUUGCCGUGCCCACUUUCGUAAACACUCGUUUUGAUGUUUGUCUAUUUUUGAAAACACGCAUUUCGGGCCAUGUCCAAAUUUAAAAACUCACAGACGAUGAAUUGAAUAAAGAAAACAAUUUUUUUAAAGAAAAUUUCUAUAGAAUAAAAUAUCAAACAGCAUUAUGUGACGAAAUAUGCUUUCUUUUUACGUAAUUUAUUAAUCAAAUGUAAUCAUUUUUAACUUAGACAAUUAAUGAAAAUGUUUUUCUGCGACUCGGAGUUUAUUAGUUUCUUGUUGGAUAACGAUGUUACCAAAAAAAGUAUUCUCGGAAAAAAAAGAGAGUUUUAUUAGACAUAUCACAGUAAAUGGUUCCAACUGCAGUCUCAGCUUAAAAAUUAAUUUUUGCACACAUUCAGCUAAUUUUUUCAUUAAGUCAAUUUCAAUAUUAAAUCUCUUUUUGCUAUUUUUGUAUUUAGAAAAAAAAUUUUAACACUAGAAAGUAUUGAAAUUUUAAAUAUCUGCUUUGCUGGUAAAAUCUAAUCAAUUUGAUCGAGGUUUUAAUUUUAUGAAAAAAUGCUUUUUUCUAAUGUCAGUUAAAAUCUCAGAACUUAACCUAUGAAUUUAGAUUCAUUUUUAUUCUCAAAUGUACCCUUAGGAAAAUUUCAAAUUAGAAUGUGGUGAAUACAUAGCGACAUAAUUGUAUAAUAAAAAUAACUCCCUCAUAAAUGUACUUAAAUGUACAUUCAUAAUUAUUCAAGAUAGUAACUUAAAUUCAUCUCUUUGAUAUUAAGAAAAACGCUUAUAAUGUUAUUCAAACAAAAUAUAAAAUGUCAUAACUGUAUCAUACUAGUUGGCCCCUUUAAAAAAGUAAUUGUUGAAUCUAUCUCAUAUUUUUUUAAAUAAUAAGAAAAGUAUUUAAAACCUUGUAACAGCAAUUCAAAUAUUUUGAAUCAAAAUUUCAGUAUACUAAAUGUUUUUUAAACAGAAAAGUGAUACGCAGUGUAAAAUGGUAGAAUUAUGCCAUAACAGUAGUUAUUAAAUUAGUAUAGUAGAAAUUGAUAAAAGUGUUGUCUAACUAAUACUUGACCUUCCAAAGUUUUGACUUAUUUGAAUUUUUCUAAACUCAGCAUUUGGAAACCUAAUGCUUUAGAAUGCUU